UCGCUAGCAGCUUUAGCUUUAGCUUUCCUCCUCCAUGGAGAGAUGCUUGUUUAUCUAUGGACUGAUAUUUGAAUGUUUGCAGUGAGAAUGUCUUCAUUCCAGUUUCAGGGCAAAUUUAUCACUGAGCAGUUUACUCCUGCUGAAGAAACACUGACAGAGAUUAAAGAAGUUUUUUUCAAAUCCGAAGAAGAGGUGGAGGUUCAGCACAGAUUACUGGAUUCCUCCCUAAUCCCCCGGAUCAUCUUGCACCGGAUAGACCGCCUUCUGGAUUAUGUUGGAAAAGAGGAGGUUUUCUUUGAUCAGAGGCUCUGUAAGCAGGAGAAGAAUUCCAGUUUGGACAAAGAGGAACCAGAACCUCUGCAGAUAAAAGAAGAGCAGCAGAAGCCAGAGCAUCCCUGGACAAAAGAGGAAACCAUGGAGCUCCCCAUAAGUGACCAUAAAGAGCAGCUUUUUCUGAAGAAGGAGACUGGAGACACAUUGAUGGUGAACCCUACUCUUGUGGAAGAGUACCACGUUGAACCACAAUCAAUCAGGAACCAAGUCAUCUCUCAGGACUUUUAUGAAAUUCAGAACCAGGAUCCUGAACAAAUCCAUCCAACAGACUCUGGAUCAGAGCAAGAUAAAGGACCCAGACAUUAUAACAAAUGUCAGAAAACCAUAGAGCAUAAAAACAGUGUUAAUGGUUCAAAACCCAGAAGGAACAAGGAAACCCUCACAGAUAAAAGUUUGUUCUCCUGUACAAUUUGCGGUGAUUCUUUUUCUCAAAACCGGGACCUGAUUCUGCACUUGAAAAGUCACUGCAGAGAGAAACCUUUCCAAUGUUUGAGAUGUGGAGAAAGCUUUCUAAAAAAAACACAUUUAACAGUUCACAUGAGAACUCAUACAGGUGGCAAGAUUUAUGAAUGUCUGUCCUGUGGGAAAAGCUUCAUUAAUAAAUCUUUUCUUGAUGGACACAUCAGAGUUCACACAGGUGAGAAGCCUUUCUGCUGUAGCAUCUGUGAGAGAAAUUUUACCACAAAAAGUCAGUUGACUUCUCACAUGACAACUCACUCAGAUCAACGGCCGUUUUCCUGUAAGACCUGCGGGAAAAUGUUCAAAAGAAAAGAUGUUUUGAAAGAACACAUGAGAACUCACACAGGGCAGAAAAUGUAUGAAUGUCAGUCCUGUGGAAAGAGCUUCAAUAUUAAAUUCAAUCUUGAUGCACACCUCAGAAUUCACACAGGUGAGAAACCAUUCUCUUGUGCAACUUGUGGCAAAAAUUUUGCACAAAAGAGUCAGUUAACUUCUCACAUGACAACUCACUCAGAUGAAAGGCCUUUUUCCUGUAAGAGCUGUGGAAAAACAUUCAAAAGAAGAGCUUUAUUGAAUAGCCAAAUGAAAACUCACACAGGGGAGAAGUCUUUUAAAUGUAGGGGCAGAAGGUAACAAACAGAAGUUGACUGUAAUUUAU